AUGGAAAAUCCCCGAGAAGAACACUGGGUUGCAGUUAAGCGUAUCUUUCGCUACCUACAAGGCACCAAGACGCAUGGAAUUUGCUACAGGCCAAGUGCAAGGAUCGACUUCCGUGGAUAUUCGGAUGCGGAUUGGGCUGGUGAUCUUACCGACCGCGAGUCAACAUCGGGGUACACGUUCAUGCUACUCGGUGCGCCAGUGAGUUGGGGCAGCAAGAAGCAGCCAAGUGUUUCGUUGUCCACGAGUGAAGCCGAAUACAUCGCACUCAGCUUCGCGAUUCAAGAGGGCAAGUGGAUUCAUCGUCUGCUUUGUGAGAUCGUGAUGGCUGCCAAUGAAGAAGGACCGGAACUCAUGAUUCAUGAAGACAAUCAGUCCUGUAUCAAGAUGACGAAGAACCCGGUCAACCACGGCCGUGCCAAGCACAUUGAUAUCAAGUACCAUCACAUCCGUGAUGAGGUCAAGCGCGGUGAAGUGAAACUCACGUACUGUGAAACUGCGGUGAUGUUAGCGGACAUCAUGACGAAGGGACUUCAUGGACCACGCCACAAGGAGAUGACGGCGACUCUCGGGAUUCGUGAGCAUUCGGAUUGA